UUUCAAAAUAAAUAUAUUUAUAUUUGAAAUAAAAAGAUAUCAAAAGAUAUGAUGAUUAAAGUAUUUUAAAGAUUCUAUGUAUUAUUAGUCUUAAUAAAAUACAUUUAAUAUGAUUUUUAAGUGAUGGUCCAAAUUUAAAAAAAUUACACAUGAAAGAAAUCAUGACUUCUAUUUUAAUAUAUAAGAGGUUUAUUGACUGCAAAAUCAAGUAAGUAUCUGCUCUCUUGAUAUUUUAAAUAGUUUUAGUUGUAUCCUUUUUUAUACAUCAACACUGAUUUCAAUCUCAACCAACAUUUUUCAAGUAAUUUUUUUUUUUUUGUAAGAUGACAUUUUUCAAGUAAAUUGCAUAUACAUACCUAACUUUCCAAUAUUAAGAGAUUCCACACCUUAAGUUAAGCUUAUGAACAACUUGUGGUAUUUCUGGUAUGACCUCGAAAUCACCUUUUUGCAAUAUUAACUUUGCUUACACUCAAAACGAUAUAAAACAAAAAGAUUACAAACAUCAACUGAUAGAAAUGCAUAAUGCAUCUGUAUCUUUGAUAAUCAAUAGUUUAAUACUAUUACUGUAUUUACAUGCGUGUGUGUUGUCACCGUAGACCUUUUGGUGACAGCAAAUUGGGUUCUACGUCUGUAUGGGUUUGGUGUGGUCAAAUGUGCAAUUUUAAAUUAAACAAGUAGGAAAUUUUCAAUGAUAUUGUUGUUUCUUCUUAAAUAGUUUUUAACUAACCUACCUAUACAUGAUCACAAUUGCUCUGGUAAUCAUACGACCAUCCAAAAACAAAAUCUUAGCAAAAUAUUCUCUCAUCCAAUGGCCUUCCUUUAUUGACCAACCUCCUUUAAACUAAUUGUAGCUAUCACUCAAGUGUUCUCAUAGACCAAACACAAAACUUAUAUAUUGCUAGUAUUAAACUAGGAUUUGCACAAUAUUCAUAUGUAAGACUAUUAAAAUAAUGUUCGUAAAUAGUUGAAUUAUGAUUAACCAGCUGAAAAUUGUGUGUUCAAAUAGUGAAAUUGACCAAAAUGGCAAAAAGGCAUAAUUGCAAUUUAAUUGAUAGUUCCACAUCACCAACUCUGACAUUUUCUAAAGUUUUAAGGCCCGCUGUCUUUUAAAUAACCCAGCCUAUUUGAUGGAAAUAGCCCAGCCCGAAUGUAUGUUUAAAGACUUUAAGUUUUGGUUUUACAUGAUUCCACAAACUGGAGAAACCAAAUGCUUUACAGUGAGUUACAUGUUGUGAACAAGGAAGAGAAGAAACAAUCUCUGUUCAAAAGGUUGUUGUUAAGAGUUUGAAUCCUAGUCAAGAUGUUGUAGAUACUUGCUUCUCUCUCAACAUUAACUUUGUUCUGGAUCGAAGCUCAUUGCAUAUGAUCUUGAACGUGAAACGAUAAAAAACGUAAAAACGUCUAUCUAUUGGUAAUUGUUUGCGUAUGCAUGUUUAAGGUCAUGGUGUCAAAUCUGAGUGUAUACAUUUAAAUUUAGUAAAAAAAAAUUGAAAACAUUUUUUUUUCUUUGAUAUGCCCUAUAUCGGCUGAAAGUGAAAUGAAAAGCAUUUCGACGGUUGGUGUUAGUACUAUAAAGGGAAACCAUUUUCAGCUCCUUAUUUGUUUAUUUCCACUUAAAUGUGAAAACCCAAUGUUCUUGAGUCAUUUGAAUUCGGGGAACCAAAGUUGUUAUUAUGUAUAUUGGAAAGACGAGCAAACAUGGGGCCACACUGCUGUGAAGGAAUAAACAAGUCAGAGCAGCAGGCGUGUAAUUUGUUUUAAUUAUUGUUUUUUGUAGGUUUAAUCGAAAUAUUCCUGAUGGAGUGUUAUAAACUUAUAAUAUUCAAUAGUUAUUUUUAAAAAUCAACUCAAAAAUAUCAUUUGUUUACAUAAUUCCCAGUUUCUGCGAAAACUAUUACAUUUCCCUGCUUAGCAUGCGGUUCCCCAUUGAACACAGAACUUUGAGUAACUAACACUUCUCUGGUUUUUCUGUUCACUAAGAAAAUAUAACCCAAUAGGCAAAAAAAAAAACUUUUCAUAUAUAUAAUGUUCAUUGUGAGCUAUUGCAUGUAUCUAUAAAGAUGUAAAUUUCAAUAAUUGAUUAUAAACCAAUUUAUUUAUGUUAAACAUUAAGGUUGAAAAAUCUUUAUUUGAUGUGUAGAUUAAAUUAGCAUAUUUCAAAAAAAAAAAAUUGAAAGACAUUUAUGUAAAGUAGAAGUUGAUAAUGAUUGUUUUAAGGAAGAAUGGUCCCCAAGGAAAAGCAGGAAAAAAAAAAACAGAUGAAAUCAGAAAAGCCUGAGAAGAAAGUAAUAAUACAUUGUCUGUAAUAAAAACUAGAUAUGAAGAGGGCAUGCCUGUUCUUGUCUCCUACACCUCCUCUGCUUCCUCUUCUCCUGUCUUUUCAUUUUGUUCUUUCUGUUCGCCAUUUCUGUCUUCCAGAAUCGGACCCACCUUUAGGAAUCUUGAAAUAUUUUCGUAUAAGAAUCUCAGCUUCGUGGAUCGGAAGAAGAAAGAAACAGACCAUAGAAAGAAAGAGACAGAGAGAUAAUAAUGGUGAUGAAGAGAGACCUUAGAGUGGAGGAAGAGAACAUGUGUACGUCGCUGUUGACUGCAUUUUUUGUUCUCUCUAUGGCUUGUCUAAAACAUUUCUACUCUAUUUCUUAUUUAAUCGAACAAUGGCGUUCGUUAGUGUUUCUACUCCUCAACCUCGUCCUCUUAGCCGUUUACUUCACAUCGACUCGUCCUAUUUGCGGCGAAACUCAUCACAAUUUCAAGGCUCGUCGAAGAGGUACGUUGAGGAAGAGUAAGAAGGCCAAGAAGACAAGGGGAGUGGAGGAACCAGCUUGUUCCGUUGUCGUGGAGCCUAAGGAAGUUAUCAAGAACUGUAUCGUGGAGGAGACGAAAAGUGUUUGUCCCGAGUCCGAGGAAACUGUGAAAGAUUGCUUGCUUCACAAGGAUUCAGUAGACUUUCAUGAAAAAGAAGCUGAGUUUGAGCCAGGGAGGUUAUCAAACGAGGAGCUGAACGAGAGAGUAGAGGCCUUCAUCACAACGUUCAGGCAACAUUUGGUGCUUGAUGCAAGAAGAGGUAGAGACAGAGAAACUAACCAGAAGAUGCGAACAAAAGAGACUGACAUUAGCAUUUUAGGUCGGGAGGUCACUUGUUCUGUUUAAGAGUUUCUCUACAAAUUUUUUUGGCAACUGAUGUAAUGUCAUAAGAACACAAAGACUAUAUUGAAACAUGCAGCUUCAGUGUCUUGAUAGGCUUUUUCACUGAAGUUGUUCAGAAAUGAGAAAAAAAAGUUUGUGCGAGUCAACAUACUUAGUCUCCUUGAAAAAGUAAGCUUAAGACUUGCAAAAUUUUCUGCUUGACAAUGUUGGCAGCUGCAUCUCAUCUGCAGCUCUUUUGAUAACUAAGAACUUUACAUCAGAUAUCAUAUCCUUGUUAGUUUCUGAACAAUCCUUAAAAAAAAAUUGACAUUCACUAUUGCGAAACAUAUACACAAGUCACCAUCUCUUAACAAACAGUGAGAGAGAUGAGACAAGACGAGUAGAAUCGGCUACUCACUUGCUGCCUGUUAUGCCCAAAUAUGCAGCCCAAGCCCAAAAACAGGGUCGACUCAAACCUUUUACAGGCUCUGGGGCAAAAAAAAAAAAAAAGACAUUUACGAGAUGAAAUUGAAAAUUUGAUAUUGUAAUUACAAGGUAAAAUAAAAUCGUUUUCAUUUGAAAAGGUAAGCACAACCAGAAUAAUAAAACACUUUUGCUUUUUUUAUAGCUUCUUUUUUAUUGAGAACCAGAUCAUUUGCUUCUACAAAAACUUUCAAACUAUAAUAUUUUUUAGCCGGUCCUGCUUCAAGGUCAAGUUAAUUUUUCAAAGUUGAGUAAAAGGAAAAAUAGACCUGGAUUUAAGAACCAGAAACUGAAUUGAU